GAACUAACGCUUGCGGUGUUUAAAUUUCCCGGACUCAUCCAGGGACAGGCAACCAUCUGGAGCCGGCCGGUCUCCCAAUGAUCUAUGUCGAAACAUGCGAUUGCCAAACGGCAACAGGGUUGAACGUUGAUGCCUGCGCGCGCGAUCACAGUGAUAGGAAUACGAGGAGUGACCAGUGGUGCUUUGGUGAACGGAUGGAAAAUAUCACUUGAAGAGUGACGAAGCAUAACAUGCGGUCACUGCAAGGCAGUACUUCCCACUUGGUAACCUUAUAUAUUCUCUGCCCUACAGCCCCUUGCGCGCUAAAGUACUCUCCCGCUCUUUCUUCUUUUUCUUGUCCAAGUCCCAGCAAUGCGAGACAAUACUGCAGCCUCUCGCAAGUUCAUCGAUCUCAUUCGUCAAGCCUCAUCCAAGUGGGCUAAUUGGGACCCGCCAAUUGAGAUCAAGGUGGGGGAUUAUGGGACGAUCGAACAUGACAGUGGAGAGCUCGACGUGGAAGGGAAUAUCUACGAUAAAACAUUCCAAACCGCGCUGGACAAUCAAGGCUUAAAGCUCAAUUUAUCUGACGCAUCAUGUCAGCCACGGAAGGGCGGAAUCGACGACAACAUAAUCAUGUCCUCUUCGGGUGUCAAACAAGGGGAUUUCUCGCUGAAUCCAGAAGUCUCCUUUCUCAACCUGGCCUCUGCUGCUGUCAAGGCCGAAUUUAAGUUUCAAGAAGGCAAGCGAGGCGCCGUCCUCGUGAUGCACAAGCCCCAGCAGGUAUAUAUUCCACCAGGCAAGGUGCUGUCCACUAUCCACAAGGCAAACGAGCUGCAAGACAAGUAUCUUGUCACCAGCACGUUCACGUGCCCAGGCUAUUAUAUCUAUUUAUCUAACAAGUCCGGAGAGAGGAUAGCACUGGCGCUAACUGCUAGUGCACCGAUUCCAGCUGCAGCAGGCAUAACUGCUGGCGGAACAGUCUCUAUGGAUUGGUGGACUGAUGCUCAAGCAGCAUUCCUCCGGAAAGCGGUUGACAAGGCUGGACAGUACCGCUACACGCCACUGUACAGCCUGAAGCACAAACAAAACUCUUUUUCUUUUUCGCGAAUUUUCCGCGGGGAAGAGGAAGAGAAACAGAAGACGAUUUGUAAGUGGCUUGACUGUACGCCACCGUGGCAGCCUCUUGAUGAAGAUGGAGACGAAGAUCCAGUGUGGGAGGAUAAGGAUGAAGAAUUUAGUCCCAAAUCUGCAGUAGAGGGCAGUCUUCCAUUUGCCACAUGAUAUGCCUGGUCUGUGUUUGUUGAUGUUUGUCCGUUGGAUGAUUGUUUUAUUUCUGGAUCUGCGCUGGCUGUAUACAUGUCUGUACAUACGAUAUCUCUGUCAUGUCAUCUAUAUACCAUACAUUGGCAUGCAAUACAUACGACUGUCCUC